AUGUGUUCCGAAAAGAAGGAAUCGUCGAACUUUGGUCUAUUAGAUAUUGUAAAACAAUGUGAUAAUUUCCCUUAUCCGGAGGAAACCGUCGAAAUUCAAAAAUUUAACACCACACCACUUAUACUUAAUGAUACCAAAAUUGGACUUCUACUUCCUUCCGUAAUUCAAGCUUUGCGAAGCUACAAUGAAAAGCACGAGAGCCCCAGUCCUUUCGUCAUUAAAGAAGAUUUAGUCACAUUUUCUCCACAUGUCAACACGUUCGAGAAACGUACAAAAGCUAUUGAACAACUGCUCAACAGCUGGAGGACAGAGAAAACUUUUUCGGCUUUGAAAGGUUGGCGUGACGAGCUGUACCCAGUUUAUGGAGAUCCAAGUGGUCCAUCCAAUAUGGCUUUCGUCAUAGAGCGCGCAGCAACUCCACUUUUUGGAGUAUUAACUUUUGGCGUUCAUUUAACCGGUUUUGUUAAAACGAAAGGUCAUUAUAGGAUUUGGGUUGCCAAACGUUCAAAGACGAAACCGACUUGGCCAGGUUAUUUGGACAAUACUGUUGCCGGAGGGAUACCAUAUAACUUAUCUAUAACUGAAUCCAUCAUAAAGGAAGCCAUGGAAGAAGCUAACUUGCCAAGAGAAAUAGCGAAGGAUUCUGUUCCCGCAGGUGCCAUUACAUACUUUACAGUGACAGAGCGUGGGCUGCAACCGGAAGCACAGUACAUCUAUGAUCUCGAGCUUCCAAUUGACGUGGUACCUAAGCCAUUCGAUGAUGAAGUAGAAUGUUUUUAUCUUUGGGAUAUAAGCAAGGUCAUUGAUCACAUAAAAGCAGGAGAAUUCAAACCUAAUUGUGCACUAGAUUUUUUGAUACGACAUUCCAUAAUCACACCAGAUAAAGAACCCGCAUAUUUAGAUAUUUUGUAUAGGCUUCAUAGAAGACAUGAAUUUCCGGGACCUUCGUUUCAAAGCUGA